AUGGACAAGAAUUUGCCUCAGCUGGCCAGGCAAGUAGUUGUAGUGUCAUGUGACGCUUUGCGCAACUUCAUAUCGCCACUUGCCGUUAUUAAACGAGGUCGCAGUAUUGGCGUACACAUGCUGCGUUGUCGUUUUGGUCGCGUAGCUGCCGUCCCGAAGUCUGGCCAGCUCCUUUCUGCACAAGUGUCUCGAUGUUCGAGUCCUCGUUGGAGUCCAUGGUCGCGUCUGUUGCGGUGGCUCGAUGUUGAUAAAGCCACGAUGUCGGAGUCGGACGAUGGCACGGCGAUUGCGGAGCCGGACGAGGGAAGUAGCGUGGAACGGGGUGGUGACGCCCAAACAGGGGUUCCGAGCGAGGACACGGAGCUUGCGGACACGAACGGCGUCGAGAAGGUGACGGGUGCAGAGCGUUUGUUGAGUACACCGCAGAUUGGAAAAUCACGCCCUGAAAGUUCGAAGCCUCAGACUCGCUGUCGCCUCCUCAACCAUGUGAUGGCCGCGCUGUUCUGGUACUCUGUGAUGCCGUAA